AUGGAAGCCGUCCAAGAGCUGCCCUAUGGCUGGGAGAAGAUAGAUGACCCCAUCUACGGCAGCUACUACGUCGAUCACAUCAAUCGAAGGACUCAGUUUGAGAACCCGGUCCUGGAAGCCAAGAGACGCCUGGAGCAGCAGAGGCAGAUGCAGAGCCAGGGACUCUCCGCUUUACCUCUGCCGACAAUAUAUAGAGAGAAGCCAUUGUUUACGCGGGACCCGACCCAGCUGAAGGGCACCUUCCUGUCGACAGCCCUGCAGAAGAGCAACAUGGGAUUCGGCUUCACAAUUAUAGGAGGCGACGAGCCCGACGAGUUCCUGCAAGUGAAGAGUGUAAUACCGGAUGGACCCGCUGCUCAGGACGGAAAAAUGGACACAGGUGACGUCAUCGUCUACAUCAACGACAUCUGCGUGCUCGGCACCACGCACGCCGACGUCGUCAAGCUUUUCCAGUCGGUGCCGAUCGGUCAGAGCGUGACUCUGGUGCUCUGUCGAGGAUAUCCUCUGCCCUUUGACCCCGAGGACCCGAGCGGAGCAGCCAGCGCCUCCCUGACGCCCAUCGGCCUGGAGCACCGUCCUCUGGUGGUGAACGGCCGAGGCAGCUACGACCCGUACCUGGAGUACCUGUCGCUGAGCUCCCAGCUCCCUCCUCAGGCCCUGGCUCAGGCCGGAGCCUCCCACCCGGGGGACACGCAUCUGGACGGCUCGUCCCUGCCGCCCACCACGCCCGGCUCGGCGUCGGCGCUCACGCCUCACGACGACAACGUGUCGAUGGCCUCCUCGGGGACUGCGGGUGUUGCCGGGGCAACGGCGCAAGGGGCAGAGCUGCUGACGGUUACUAUGGUGAAGGGGGCGGAAGGAUUCGGGUUCACUAUAGCCGACAGUCCCACCGGUCAGCGAGUUAAACAGGUGCUGGAGCCGGGCUCGCAGGGGGCAUCGGGGCUGAUAGAGGGAGACCUGAUCCUGGAGGUGAACCAGCAGCCGGUGGCUGCAGCCGGACAUGGACGGGUGGUGGAGAUGCUCAAAGAGUGUCCAGUAGGAGCAGAGGCGACGCUGCUCAUACAGAGAGGAGGGACAGGUCACAUCUCUCCGUGGAAGGCCUCCAAACAGUUGCCCGAUCAGUGGGACCCACAUGGCAGCCCUCAGGCCAACUUGUCCGGCCCAGUCCUGCCACCUGGCACACCGUUCCCAAACCAGCCGCAGCACCGCACGUCUGUGCCUGACUCCACCGAAGGCUUCGACCUUAACAAACCUGACCCUUAUGACCUCUAUGAGAAGUCGAGGGCUAUUUACGAGAGCAGACGUCCAGAGUACGAAGAGGUGGAGGUGCACCUGCUGAGGGAGAAGACUGGCUUCGGCUUCCGCAUCCUGGGGGGAGACGAGGCCGUGCAGGCUAUUGUUAUUGGCGCUAUAAUAGAGAACACUCCCGCUGAGCGCGAUGGGCGGCUUCGACCCGGGGAUGAGCUCAUUUCUGUGGAUAAAAAUGUGGUUGCUGGGAAACCGCACAAAUACGUAAUAGACUUGAUGCACGCAGCUGCUCGCAACGGUCAAGUCAGCUUGACUGUGAGAAGGAGAGUGCAAAUGCCUGGUGAACCGUGUCCCGUGAACGGACGCAGCCCCGGCUCAGUGUCGACACAGCACAGCUCCCCACGCAGCGACGCGGCUUCGGCUUCGGGCCCCACGGCGGUGGCCGUCCCCGCCGCCGCCGCCGCCUCGGCUCCGGAGGGAUCCGCCCUGCAAACCAGCGACGUGGUCAUUCACCGCAAGGAGAACGAGGGCUUCGGCUUCGUCAUCAUCAGCUCCCUGAACAGGCCGGAGAACGCCACCGUCAUCACUGUGCCCCAUAAAAUAGGACGCAUCAUUGAGGGCAGCCCCGCGGACAGAUGUGGGAAGCUGAAGGUGGGCGACCGGAUCCUGGCCGUAAACGGACAGUCCAUCAUCAGCAUGCCGCAUGCAGACAUUGUCAAGCUCAUUAAAGAUGCUGGACUAACAGUCACACUGCACAUCAUACCAGAGGAGGGCUCCCAUUCUGGGCCCAGCUCAGAGAAGCAGAGCCCCAUGACCCAGAAACACAGCCCACAGACCCAGCCCAGCCCUGUAGCCCAGCCAAGCCAAGGAGGCGCCCAGCCUGGCCAAAUGGCUCCUCAACCCGGCCAAACGGCCGCCCAGCCAGGUCAAGCACCUGUCCAACCCGGUCAGACACCAGCUCAGACAAACCAAACAGUGACUGGCCCUCCAGCACCAGCAGCCUCCCAGCCUGCACCAGCUGGAACCCAGCAGAGCCCAGUCACCCAGCCCUCUGGCCCGCCUCCACAGCUCUACCUCCACGACGGCAGGUCAGAGGUAAAAGCAAGGCAGGACGUCAAACCUGACUUCCGCCAUCCUCCUUUCACUGAUUACCGACAACCUCCUGUAGAUUAUCGUCACCCACCGGUGACUGAUUAUCGCCAGCCUCCAACGCUGGAUUACAGACACCCGCCCGGUCUGCUAGACUUUAGACAGCAUCCGGCAGCCGCUCAGUUCCCUUUGGGGAUCCCCGCAGACUUCAGACCACAGGUAGAGCUUGACCAAGAACUGUCUGCUUAUGUUGAGCGUACAUCCUUCAUUUGUAUGCAGGAUUAUGAUUACUUCACAGUGGAGCUGGAGAAAAGCGCAAAGGGCUUCGGGUUCAGCAUCCGCGGGGGCAGAGAGUACAAGAUGGACCUAUUUGUGCUGCGCCUUGCAGAGGAUGGUCCCGCCAUACGAAAUGGAAGGAUGAGGGUAGGGGAUCAGAUCAUAGAGAUUAACGGGGACAGCACUCGGGACAUGACUCACGCCCGCGCCAUUGAACUCAUCAAGGCGGGAGGCCGGCGGGUCAGGCUGCUGCUGAAGAGAGGCACAGGACAGGUGCCAGAAUAUGACUGUGCCGGCCACUGGGAUUCCCUUUCUACAGCCCACUCUGCCCUGCCGGAAGUGACCCUGGAACCUCACCUGAAUCCAUUGCUCUCAUCCCAUCCAGCCUCAGCCCCAGACUCCCCUCAUCAGCUCCCUCUAGAGGCCACAGUGUGCAUGGCAGACAAAGCUCCGCAGCCGACAGACCACAGCUCCAUUAGAGGGGCUACGGGUGGCAGGUCCACCGAGCAGAAAUGCAUCAUCAGGGGGCAGGGAACCCCUCAGGGGUCUGGAGAGGUGGACUGUGGGCCGGGUGACAGGCAGCCUCGGGCUUUGCCUCCCAAAGCUGUUGUGGGAAGGUCUAUUGAAAGAAGAGAGAGGCAGAGGGAGGCUUGCUCCCCCUGCUGUGAGAGAAAGGUCCUGCACACACAGGCGAUGGCCACUGUCUGGCCCUGGGACCCAUAUGUGAGCGUGAAUUUGAAUGGAGCUUCUCUGGGCAGCGGAGAUGGACACGUCAGCCUCCAGGAGAGGCUGGUGUCUAGAGCUCUGUUGUCCAGAGAAGACGAGAGGGCCAGUGGCCACAGUGGGCUCUGCUGCCCCUCCAAAACCAUGGAAGAUCCUCCAGCGAGGAGCGCAGCUGCCUCCCCGGGGCCCUGGAACGUCCCUGGGUCUGACAAACUGCCUGGCACCCUGAGGUCCUGGACCUCCACAGUGAGCAGGUAGAAUGGAUCUUGCUGGUUUGGACCGGAUCGCGCUGUAUGGCUCAGCUCACCAUCUGAGAAAACCUCCCUUGCCCUCUCUUUCUGUCCUGUUUUCUUCUUCAUCUACUUCUGAAGUCAUAUGUUACGUUUCAUUUGUUCUUACAAGAUGAUUAUUACACCCACCACCUUAAAGAACCGAGAAACUUUCACAGCUAUUGUAACAUACAGUAUAAACCCGAUGGAGACCCUCACAUGCGACCGCUAACACAGAUGGAGCAACGAUGUUUGGUUCUGAGUGGAGCUGCGCUUUUGACAUGUACCUUUAACUGCUCGACCGUAUCUGGCUCAGAUUGGUUUGUGCAACAUGGCCUCACAUUGGAACAAGGAAGAGAGAGACAUAUGUACAUCCAAGAGAUUUACUUUUGCUCCAUUUUCUCUGUGCCGUGGGAAGAAUUAGACUACAAAUCUGUCAGAUGGAGGCAGUGACACUGAAACUCCUGGAAGACAUGGCACUGACCCAAAUGACAGCCUGGUUAACCCAACAUAUGUUAGAUCUCACAUGCCUACCAAUAUAUCAUAUACUGUAAAUGUAAAGAUGUGAAAAAUAUGUACAUUUGGUAAACUCAAAAACAUACCUGUUGGUGUUUUUUUGAGGCAGUGUUGUAGUUAGAUACAUUGUAAAACAAAAAAGAAAAAAAGAGAAAAAACCCGGGACAGUAUUUUAGGAUCACUAUUUCCAUGGCCUCGUCUAUAACUACAUAUCAAAGACUGUGCAAGUCACCAAACCCAGACCACUGAGGGAGGCAGUGGUCGUGUGCAUGGAUAUAAACCACCAUGUCUUUAGACAGGGACUCACAUGUCUUUUAAAGGUAGAAUAUAGAGAGAGUACCCUCCGUGGAGCAGAUCAGUUGGCAUUCAUGUGAGACAAAAAUGAUCUUUUUAUUCAUGAAAUUGAACUUUUGAAUGACUGGAAACAGUUUACGGCUUAGUAAGAACUCCUUAUGUACACAACUUGAUCACAAGUCAACCAUGCAGUCAUUGUGCGGAAUUAUAAGCUGUGUUGUAUUCAUUUAAUGCUCAACAGGAAAAAUUUUGUCCAGUCUCUAUUUCCCAUUUCUAUGCCUUUUACUGUGCUACGUGUACCACAUCACUGUGGGAGAGGGGCAUCGGUGCGGGGAAAAGGAGGCCGAUGGUUGUGAGAUGGGGCGGAGUGCCUUACUCGAACUAAUGCAGAGCUGUUGCCGUUGUGAUUCGUUUUGGGCACUGAAUGCAAAACAGAUAUUAGUGACCAUGCACACGUGUCAGCAAACUGCUGAGCCGUGGAGCCUGUUUUACCUUCGGACAUAACGCCAAGCAGUAUAUAUCCUGAUGCACUCUCAGCUGUAUAGCUUAUCAAUGUCAAUGAUCGCCCGGGUCCCCUAGUGUUUUAAAGGGGAUAAAAUGUAGCCUGUAGCAAAACAUCCUCUUCUUAGAGACACCUAGGAGUGUAGAGCUGUGGACGUUUAUCAAGACAGGGUUAUAUCAAAGUGGACCAUGGUUUCUGUAUCUCAGCUUUAUUUGUCUAUUCUGUAAAGAAAACACGAAGUUUUCAUUGUUGCAGGAAGGACCACAAUGCCCACUGCAUCUAAAGUCCAGAUUUUAGAUGAUGGGUGAAACACAAAUGCAUUGAAACAUCCGUUUAAUCACAGGAUCUUGUCUCUGGCAGAGGUCGAGGCAUGCUGCUAUUAAGCUGAGACACCCAAGAUGAAGUCACUAUCCUCCUGCAUUUCCAUCUUGAUAUCAUCCAUUUCUCUCAGCAAGAUCUUUGCUCUUAAUUAAAAAUUAAUCACUAGAGCUUUUGAGCACUGGAGGACCGGAUGAGUUGGGAAACAAAAAAAUUAAAAAAUCACAAUGCUUUGUGACAAUUUGACUGAAUGCAGCAUGAUGGCACAUCCGAGCUGUACUCGUAAACUGCUGGUCAUGUGCUCUUAGCAAAGCAAUGCACCUGCAGACUGGGACACUAGCAAGACCUCGUGCAUCGAGCGUCGCCAGGACCGACCGAGCCGCAGGAAAAACGCGCUCUGGAUGUUUCUGAGCUGACUGAACUGUGGUUCAUGUGAUAAACUGGUUAACAUGUUAGCGAGGAGCAUGACAACAUGCCGUUAGGCUGUAGAAAUGUGUUUACUGUAUGUGCAAAUGUUCAAAGUUCAGAAAAGGUGAAAGAAUUUGUCACCCAGCCCUCUGUCUCCAUCCAGGCCGUCCCUCUGCCUGCUGUGACUGAUUUUGUAUACAGGAACAAAAAAAAAAAACUGCUUAUUGGAACCUGUGAAGGAUGGCACGUUCAUGAAUCCCCCAUUGAGAUCAAGUAUAACUGUGUAGUGUUAAUUGUGUACUAUUCACCUUGUACAGCUGUAUUCCUACAAAUAUGGUUUACUGUAUCAUUGAUACUGUAGUUUCAAAGACGUGAACAACUAUUUUUAUGAAAUGCGACAGUACUGAUAUAUUACAUUUUGCUAAAAAACAAAAAACUUGUUUACUGAAAGAUAUUCUGAAAUACUGUCAAAUAAACUCUUGACAUGGUGUAAAAUA